AUGGAUACCCGGGGAUCAGUCUUCCAGCCUUUCCAGCGGCCUGAGAAACCUGGUCGUGUCCGCCGUCGGAAGACUAGGCGGGAACGUAACAAGGCCCUGCUGGGCAGCCGCCGGCCAUUAGCCCAUCAUGAUCCUCCUGCGGCCAUUCAGGACCCACCUGUGGACCCUACUGCCUCCAAGCUGGUGGUCAUAACCCAGGGCCGGCUGAGCCGGGAGCACCGGGGUCUCUUCAACCAUGAGGUGAAAUCCCUAGAUGUUGGAAGGCUGCUUACCAGUGGAACCCUGGCACCAGGCAGCCCCACACUCUCUGCCAAGCCCUCCCCAAGCCCAGGGAGGGCCCAGCAGCCAACCUCACAGUCCAGGGACAAAGAGAACCAGGUUCCUGGAGGUUCAGGCCCAGGCCCACCCAGUUCCCCAGAGUUGCCUGGCAUGGGGCAACUGCUGGCAGAGCUGCAGUGCCAGCUGAGUUUGCCACAGGCCUUCCCUCGGAGGAACCUGGUUCAGGAUGCCAGGGAUGCCAUCGUGCACACCUUGCAGGCCUGCCAUGGUUGUGUGCCUGACCUUGCCCUGGUGCUCCGGGGCUGCCAGCCACCCUUGCCAGGGGCCAAGUCUGGGAGCUCUGAGAGAAGGAUGACACCCUUCUGGAUCAAUAGCCCUGAUCGAGUCCCAGAAGAGGAGAGGCAAAGGAAGCAACAAGGGACAAAAGAGUUUACCUUCCCCAUGCCCCACACCUCCAGCAUACCCACUGUGCAUAGGGGGAGCCUGGCACCGUCAAGAGGUCCCUGGCCACCCACCUUGCCCUCACUGUCUUCACCAUUUGGGGCAGCCUGGGGUCCCCCAACAGCAUUUGACUUGCUAAAAAGCAUCUGGCUGGUAGCCACGCCACCCCCUCCUCGGUCCUGGGGUAUUGGAACCCCUCAGCCCGUGCCUCAGCCUUCAUCACCCCUGUUGCCCCGGACCUCUGUCCUGGACUGGAGCCCCAGCUCCCCUGCCCCGCUGCCCAGCCUCUCCUGGGUCGUGGCCCAGAGCAGUCCGGAAGCCUGGUCUUUUCCACCCAUGAGACUGUAUUGA